CCGUUAGCAUUAGCAUUAGCCUCACGAGCUCCAGAGCCGGGACUCUGCGGGAAACGGCGGCAGAAAGAGGGACCAAAGUGGGACCAAAGUGGGACAAAGGGCAGGAACAGUCGGUCAGGACCCGGCGAUGACCGCGGCGGAGGGCUGUGCAGCGGAGCCGUGACCGAGCACCGAGCCCCGGCCCCGGGACCCGAGCAUACACCGACCUCCGCACAACACCUCCGCCGAAAACAGACCACCAGCUCCGUCCUGCUCCUCCCACAAGAGCCGCUGAGUCUGGAGCCUCAGAGCCGGAACCAUGCAGUGCUGCCUCGAUCGGCCCAAAUCCUAGCGUGCACGUGACCCGAGAGCGUGCACGUGACCCGAGAGCGUGCACGUGACCCGAGAGCGUGCACAAGACUCUGAGAGUGCACGUGACCUCACAGAGAAAAUGGGCUUUGGCCGAGACCUCAAGAACUCCCACGAGGGCCUCCUCAAACUGCAGGACUGGGAGCUAAAGCUCUUGGACACAGUGAAGCGUUUCUUGACUCAGAGAGUAAAGAGCGAUAAAGAAUAUUCGUCUCUUUUACUGAGUCUGAGCCAAACGCCCCCCCAAGAAUCAGACUACAGCAGCACCACAAGCCAGUCAUGGACUCAGGUUGUGCGACACACUGAGGCUCUGGGCAGGAUCAUGAAGACUCACGCAGACGAGCUGAACUCUGGACCUCUGCACAAACUCACCACUCUGAUACGAGACAAGCAGCAGAUCAAGAAGACCUACCAGAGCCUACACCAGAGCAUGGAGAGCCACUAUCACAAGGUGACCAAGAGCGACCUGGAGAAGCUGAAGACGACCUACCGCCAACUGAGCCGAGACGCCAACGCUGCCCGUGACAAGUACAGAGAGGCCCUGAGCAAAGGGCGUGAGGCGGAGAAGGCACGGGAUCGUUACGACAAAGCGUUGGCGAAGCUUCAUAAUGUGCAUAACCAGUACGUGCUGGCGGUGGGCGGGGCCAGGACACAACAGGAAGUGCACCACAACAGCUCCGCCCCCUCGCUCCUGGACGCCCUCCAGAGGCUGCAGGAGGACAUGACGUUAGCACUGAAGUGCAUCCUGCAGGAGUACUGUGACAUCAGCAGCCUGGUCACAGACGACAUUUCCAAAGUCCAUCAGGAAAUCUGUGAUGCUGUCAAUCAAAUCGACCCAGAGACAGAGUAUGAGCCGUUUAUCCUGAAGUACAGGUCGGAGGAGGACCCAGAGCCCACGGUGGAGUUUGAUUCGUCGCUUUUAGAGGAAACGGAGAAUCUCCAGGCCAAUGAGAUUCAAUGGAACACUCUGACAGCAGACAGUCUACAGGCCAUGCUAGCAUCCACACUGGAGGAGCUGACUGUGACGCAGCAGAACCUUCAAACCAAAGAGUCGCUGGUUCAAGACCUGGACUCAAAGAUCCAGACGAGCGAACAGAGCGCGCUCAGACCCAGCGAUUGUGUUCAGCUGUUGAAUCAGAAGUUGUCUCUGCUCGAGCUGCGACAGACCGUCCAAUCACUGCGCAGCUCCGAGGCCCGCCUCAUUUCCCAGAAGGCUUUGCUGGAUGCCAAGAUGGCUGCUGGUGGAGCGUCCCAGGCCCCGCCCCCUCCUCCCCUGGCCCCGCCCUAUGAAGAUGACACGCGCUCCGUCAGUUCCGCCGACAAAAAGGAUCGCAGCUCUCGCUUCGACACACUCAGACACUCUCUCGCCGGGAUCAUCACUCGCUCGCCCAAACUGCACAGCUCCUCCUCCUCACAGUUCUUUGACGUGAUCCCCACAUCGGAGCGCCCCCUGGUGGAGCAGGAGUGGUACCACGGGGCCAUCCCUCGCACUGAGGCUCAGGAGCUGCUCCGAGCUCAGGGCGACUUCCUGGUCAGAGAGAGUCACGGAAAACCGGGAGAGUACGUCCUGUCUGUGUACUCCGAGGGACAGCGGAGGCACUUCAUCAUACAGUACGCUGAUAACCAGUUCCGUUUCGAGGGCACUGGGUUUCCCUCCAUUCCUCAGCUGAUCGAACAUCAUGUGACCUCCAGACACGUCAUCACCAAGAAGUCUGGGGUCGUCCUGCUUACUCCCGUCGCCAAGGACAAAAAGUGGAUCCUGAACCACGAGGACGUGACGCUGGGAGACCUGCUGGGGAAGGGCAACUUUGGCGAGGUUUACAAAGGAGUCCUGGUGCGAGACAAGACGCCUGUCGCUGUGAAAACCUGUAAAGAAGACCUCCCCCCCGAGCUCAAAAUCCGCUUCCUGUCCGAGGCCCGGAUCCUGAAGCAGUACGAUCACCCAAACAUCGUGAAACUGAUCGGAGUCUGCACCCAGAGACAACCCAUCUACAUCGUCAUGGAACUGGUCUCAGGGGGAGACUUCCUGUCGUUUCUGAGGAAGAAAAAAGACGAGUUAAAAACCAAACAGCUGCUGCGCUUCUCCAUCGACGCCGCCGCAGGGAUGUCCUACCUGGAGUCUCACAACUGUAUACACAGAGAUCUGGCGGCUCGUAACUGUCUGGUGUCUGAGGGCAAAGUGCUGAAGAUUUCAGACUUUGGGAUGAGUCGACAGGAAGACGACGGAGUUUACUCUUCAUCAGGACUGAAACAAAUCCCCAUUAAAUGGACGGCUCCAGAGGCCCUGAACUACGGCCGGUACAGCUCUGAGAGCGACGUGUGGAGCUACGGUGUGUUGCUAUGGGAGACCUUCAGUUUGGGGGUGUGUCCUUAUCCUGGGAUGACCAAUCAGCAAGCUCGAGAGCAGGUGGAGAAAGGUUACAGGAUGUCCCGCCCCCAGCGCUGCCCAGAGGAAAUUUUCAAAGUGAUGCAGAAAUGUUGGAGCUACAACCCCGAGGAGCGUCCCCGCUUCAGCCAGAUCCACCGAGACAUGGGCCAAGUCCGGCUCUGAACUGGGACAGCAGCCAAUCAGAACGCACGUUACCAGGAAGUGACCUCAUCAGCUGCUUUUACCUCAAAAACACUAAACUUAUUUUAAUGAACACUAAAACUGCAAAAAUCGCAAAGUGCCACGAACAGACCAAUCAGAGCCAAGGACUGUCCACACGUGACCAAUCAGGAGCUUCCUUUCCACUUUACAGACUUUAGAACUGCUUUUAUUUGAACAGAUUUACUCCAGAUGCCCUCCCAGAGCGGUGUAUCACAGAUACUGGAGGAAAUCAAACCCCAGACCAGCACUCAGAGCAGGGCUAACCACUCCACCAGCGACGAGCCUUUCACGCUUUAACCAGGAACCGCCAAGUGUCAAAACAAACGUGAAUGAGGCGACUGAGACCGCCCAGAACGCCAAGGUUUUACGAACCAGGCCGAGCGCCGUAACACAAGCAACGCCACUAUGCCACGCCCAGAACACCGCAAAAUGCCACGAUGACACUUUCAGAACGCCGCCGCGAUUAGACAUGCCCAAAACGCCACAACCGACUUCUGAUUUGUGCCAAAUUUUGAAUCUCUGGAUUCUGAGGCUGAAACACAAACUACAAACCACACUUAAUCCGAUUACUCCAGAAAUCAGAUUAUGAUCAGAUUUCUGGUGUUAACGGACCACAUUUUGAAAAACACUAUUCUUAUGCAAAGUGCCCUCCACGAACACUGUCCCUGGUCGUACCUGUGGUGUGGAAACCAGGACUGACCCAGUCAUGUGACUUCGUUUCCUGUGGCAUUUUGACUCUGAGCGACCUCUUCCUCCUUAACCUUUAUUUUUUUAAACUGUUAAAAAUUCUAAUUUUUCAUUUUCUUUGUGGCCAUUUUAUAUUUAAUAUUUAACAGAUGCCCGGCUUGUUCUUUAUAAAAGUGUUUUUAAAAUGGUGGAUUGUUUUUGUUACUUUAAAACAACAGUAUUUUAUUUGAGCAGUUUUGGACCAAUCAGAGCUAUCGCCGGGCAGACUGAGGCAGGGCGGCUCCUGAUUGGUUGUUUUCUACUGAGUGUAAAUACAGGUUUGUACUGUUUUUUCUACGACACUACUCACGCUUUGAUUUGUGUAACACAAAUAUUAUCAUGCUCUUAUUCUGAAAAUAAACUCACAACUGUUUCCCGU